AGUACAGAACCUACGUGAAAGAAACUCGUACUUCAAAACGACAACUCGCUCAUCGGUGUCUUCGAGAUGGAACCCCUUCGCUAACAAGAGAACCACCAUGAUUACCGGUCCUCCUCGCGUUCCCUUCGACAUCUGCGAAGAGAUCAUCAACCACGUAGCCAUGCAUCUCGACGAGGUGGCAUGGUCUCCUGAGCAAGACCCAUGGCGACAUACGCUCUCGUCAUGCGCACUCGUGUGCAGAGCUUGGCAUUAUCAUUCCCAACCCUAUCUUCGACAGUUCGUAAAAUUGCGGGAUCGGGCAGGGGUGAUGUCUUUGUCCAAGCUGCUCCGCGACAAACCCCAGCUCAGUCGGGUUGUCAGGAUCGUCGCUAUCUCGGGCUGUCCGGUGAAAGACGUUCCGCAUCCCAUCUCACAUCUCGGGACGUUCGCUGUCAUGUUAGCUGGCAAGCUGCCCAAUCUGCACACUCUGCGGCUGGAAAACGCAGAGUGGCCCGUCGGUUCUGUACCCCUGGACACCAUCCGCUAUCUGGCCACAUUCCCUUCUAUCACUAUGUUGGAGCUUCGAGGCGUCCACUUCGUUGCGAUCUCUCAGCUAGUGCAGCUGAUAUCCGCACUCCCUGCGCUUCGCAGGCUGAAGACCAAUAGGGUUUCAUGCAAGCAGACGCAUCUAGAAACGCCGAUACGUCUGCCACUGAAUGCCCACCGGCUCGAAUGUAUCGAUAUGUGGUGGAAUACUGCACCGGCGAUUUUGAAUUUUUACAUCCGUGCCAGCAGGGUGGCUCGUUUGCGAACCCUCGGAAUAGGCGUAGACGGAUAUGACGCGUUGUCCAACUGCAGCCGAAGGCAUGCUCUGCUUAGUGCGAAUGCCUCCUCACUCAAAUCGUUGCGUUUCGGCAUCCAUACGUACGGAUUAGGACCUGAAGACGUCGACAAUAUUGCGCAAAGUAUCGAUCUCUCCCGCGUUGUCACGUUGGAAGAUUUGACGCUUAACUCGCACAGCUUCUUGGGUGCAAACCAUUCAUGGAUUCCCAAGGUGCUCGCUACCGUGAAAUCGGAGCGGAUUCGAAGGGUGGAUAUCUGCUUCAGAGUGGGGGCGACAUUGCCUCUGCUCAGGACGAUGAUAUGAGCAUGGGGCGGCUUGAUUUCCUCGCUCGUAUGGAUGUGGUGCUUGCGGGGCGUCCGUUCGCCAAUCU